AUGAGGCCUUUUCCCUUCUGCCUGCCCGAGCUGACUGAGCGGGCGGCCGAGGCCUACGAGACGGCCCUGCGCGCGUCCCCGGUGCGGAGCUUCUUCGCGCGGCUGAAGGAGCUCACGCUCAUCGACCCGGGCUACGGGGAGAGUUGGCAGAGCUACGACCUGGCGCUGUUCCGCGGCUUCGCCCAGCGCCUGGGGAAAUGCCUCGUGAACCUGCGGGCAUUGAAGGUGAUGGGCUUUGAGGACUGCGCCAUGAAGCUGGUGCUGCCCACGCUUUGGAUGCCCAAGCUCAGGCAAUUACACAUCUUCGGGUGCUGCCAGCAGAGACAGUCGCGCGCGGCGAUCCUGUCGCUGGUCAACAGGAAUCGCUUGCAGCUGGAGGAGUUGGAGCUGAACCUCUGGACGGAGUUUCUCCACGAGGCAGAGGAUCCAGUCCUUUCCCUCGAGAAGCUGCCAAAGGUGAAGCGCUUGUCGCUGCACGUGCCGCUCCUGCCUGCCUGGCAGCACUUUGGGGACCUCUGCCCCCUUUUGGAGGAGCUGACCUUCGUGUAUUCCCAGGACAUCGCCCUCAACGCAGCGAGAGUGCUGGUGGACUCUGAGCCUGGGGAGGAGGAGGAGAUCCUGGUGAAUACAAGCACUCGCAUUUACCGUGAUGCGGUGCGCUUCGCCGCGCAGCUGCAGUCCCACGGCUUCGCGGAGCUGGCGGAGCAUUGCCCCCGCCUGCAGGUGAUUCGCUUCAAGAUGUGGGACAACUCCUUUGGCUAUGACAGCACUGCGGCGAAGGAGCACUUCACCGUGUGCUGGAGGCGCAGUGAGCGCAGCAGGCCGGGUCGAGCUUUUCUGCGGGACGCGGAUGUGAACAACGCGACCCGCGCGACUCUGGAGGCCAAAGCAGCGGCCGCCGCGUGGUCGGAGUGGGACGAGGACGAAGGUCGAGAAGUCACCGAGGAGGAGGCCUUGGCGGCUGCAGCUUGCGUCAUGCUGCAGGUGCUGCGGCGCUUCGACGACCCGAGCCUCGAAGCGGAGCUGGGCCUGUGAAGGGACGCAGGCGCGCGAGCGGAGCGCUUUGGCUUUGCAGGCCGGGCGCCCUCGAGAGAUGCAACAUAUGAAGCAGGGUCUAGCGGCAAUGAUGGACUCCCUACAUGCUGCAAGUGAACCCC